AUGUCAUCCUUCGUGCGCUUCCUCGUGGCUACCACCCUCCUCGUCAACGCCUCUGCUUUCCCUUUGCACGUCCGCGACGCCAUGGAAUGGAACUUCGAUCUCUUCCCGACCGCGCGAUGCAACGGCACCGGCAAUGCACACACCGGCUCAGGCAGCACCGGCUGUCGCGCAAACCUACCCACCGAAGCCGCAGCGUACAGACUGAACUCCAUCGCUGAUGGCUGUCGCAUCCAGCUCUUUGACAACACCAUGUGCGACGAGUCCGAGAUGUCCAUCGUCCCUGGCCCUUUGACUACCGCCGACACUUGUCGCUUUCCUGGCUCGGGGCACCGGUACGGUUCUUACCAGGUUACUUGUGACGCGUAG